UGGGACUCUCGCCUCCGUCUGCUGCAUGCUGGGCCAUGACGAUCCUCCAGUCCACUCGGGUCGUGCGAUGACCGCUAUAUAUGCCCCUACGUGACCACAUAUCAGGCCCUCUUUCCCUCGGGACUCCUGGUCCCCCCUCUCGUCCUCCGCAACCUGCAGCCAUUUCUCCACCAUCAAAUGCAAGCUCCGAUCAGUCCUCCGGGGGAAAUGCCCUUUCGCCGAUAGAUUCUUUGACUACGCCGUCUAAAGCCCUGCUUCAGAUCCCGCAGUCCCCGUCUAGCAAUGCCGCAGAAUUCUGCAUUACCAAUAGACCUCGACCUGUACGUUCACUAAUACGCCAGACCAUUCCACGACCCGGAUUAGGAAUGCGUCGUUUGUAAAUAUCACCCUCAACAUUGCGGAAGCCGAUCGAGCAGUACUGACGC